AUGGCUGCCAAGCCCGCGUCGCCCGCGAGCGGCCGCUGGUCCUGGCUCUUCGGCGGCUGGUCGCCGAAGACGAAACCGAAGAAAGCGCCGACCCGCGACGCGCCCGGGGGCGACGAGGACGACGAGGAGUUCUACACCUUCGACGCCUACCACGAGGCGCGGGCCUCGCCCCAGACGCUGCGCAAGCGCCGAUCGCAGCAGCCCGUGUCGAACCCCUGCGCGCUCGUCGCCGCGUCCGCGCGGCCGCGAGCGCUCACGCCCGUGAGCGAGGUGCUCGUGCGCGAGAGCGAGCACCGCGACCGCGCCGUGGGCCUCGCCAUCGCGCGCGAGCACCGGCGCCUCGGCGCCGGCGGCCGCCUCUACACCGUCGUCUUCAAGGGCGACACGCUGGGCUUCUCGCUCGUCCUCGCGAGGCUCCCCGAGAGCCCGCGGUCGCGCCUCGUCGUCGACUCGACGACGCUCGGCGGCGCGUGCUACGACCUCGUGCGGCCCCUCGACGAGCUCGUCGCCAUCAACAACGAGAAGCUGAUCCCCAUCGAGAUGGAGGCCUUCCCGACGCUCGUCUACCGCCUCCAGCACGGCCCGCGGCCCACGCGGCUCACGUUCUCGAUGGGCUACGGGAGGGACGCCGCGUUCCGCGAGCAGAGCCGGCGCCGGUCCUCGCGCCUCCCGCCGGGCCUGCCGGUCUCGCCGGGCCACCAGCCCCGCGCCGAGGCCUUCGACUCGCCGGAGAAGGUGCCGCCGCCGCCGGCGACGCCGCCGCCGCCGCCGCCGCCGCCGCCGCCGCCGCGGUCCUUCGCGUCCGCGGGCAUCCAGACGUCGUCCGCCGCGGGCGCCGCCGCGUCGACGUCGACCGCGGAGCUCCUCGUCGACCUCCGCGAGCCCGUGACGCCCUUGGACCUCCGCGCGGCGCCCGCGGCGCCGCGGCCGGCGCCGCCGCGCGUCGUCGACGACGACGUGGCCGGCGCCUGCGGCUGCAUGGGCGACAUGGGCGACAUGGCGCUGUCGCCCUUCGCCCUGGAGCCCUGCAGCUGCCCGCAGGAGUCCGGCGCGAUCCUCGGCGACGGCCUCUGCCAGUGGGACAUCGACCGCGCGGGCGACGGCGAGGUGCUCAGCGCGGCCGAGGAGGUUUAG